AUGUAUGCUCACGAAAAUGGAUGCCCAUGGAACAUGUGGACGUGUCGCUAUGCAGCAGAAAAUGGCCACAUCAAUGUCCUAAGAUAUGCCCAUGAAAAUGGGUGUGGCUUGACUUCAUUGGCAUGCCAACAUGCUGCCAAAAAUGGCCAUUUGGAGUGCCUCCAAUACCUACAUGAAAAUGGCUGCCCCUGGUUUGAAGACACAUGCUCUGGUGCAGCUGAAAAUGGCCACUUGGAAGUCCUGAUGUAUGCACACGAAAAUGGCUGCCCCUGGGGUGCAAAUACAUGUGCCAAAGCAGCACAAAAUGGUCAUUUGGAGAUUCUUGAAUAUGCUCAUGAGAAUGACUGCCCAUGGAAUGGCUGGACAUGCCACUAUGCAGCAGAAGAAGGUCAUUUGGAAGUUCUUGAGUAUGCACACAAUAAUGGAUGUGAAUGGAGUGCAUGGACAUGCAAACAAGCCAUUGAAAAUGGGCAUUUGGAAAUCUUAAUGUAUCUACAUGAACACGAUUGCCCCUGGAUUGACGAUGCAUGUGAACUAGCGGCCUACAAUGGGCACCUUGCAAUCCUUCAAUAUGCAGAUGCACAGGGAUGCCAAUGGGAUGAAAAGGCAUGUAACUUUGCAGCUGCAUUUGGGCAUUUGGAUGUGCUCCAGUUUCUCCAUGCAAGGGGGUGCCCAUGGAACAAAAAUACAUGUUUCCAUGCAGCAUCAAUGGGUGAGCUGGAAACACUUAAGUAUGCCCACGAUCAUGGCUGCCCUUGGGAUGAAAAGGCAUGCUCUGCAGCAGCUGGUGGUGGUCACUAUGAGGUCUUGAAGUAUCUAUAUGAAAACGGCUGUCAAUGGGAUGAGGACACAUGCACCCAAGCAGCCCAGAAGGGACAUUUUGACACUUUCAAAUUUGCCUAUGAACAUGGUUGUCCCUGCAAUGAAGACUUUUUAGUCACAGGUUUACGAAGCUGCAAGCAGGCCCGAGAAUUCCUGAAGCAAAAGAAGAUCCAGCGGCGUCAAUCCGCCCAGGAAUCGUCCCGACGCAUCUUUUCCUUUCGACAGGCCAAGAUCCAGUUCCCACCGACCUACUUCCUGUCCAGCAACUAA